AUGUUAUUCCUUUAAAAUACACCUGAAUCAAUUCCUUAUUCAUAGGACCAAAUCUCGAACUUUGUUUUCUGGCACAUAAGAUCGUCGAUGAAAUCAUAUAGGCAAUAUUAAAUACAAGUUGGAAUCAAUUAAAUGAUAAGGUUAAAAUAAUCAUUUAUGAAUUCUCGUAAUUUAAUGAUANAGACGAAGUAAUUUAACUAUAAUAAACAAUUAGUGGGCCAAAGCAAUAAUAUUUGAUGAAGAUUUAAAUGUGAUAACUCAUAAAAACUGCGCAGCUUCAAAAGAAGAGUUGGCUCCUUAUUUGAAGGCUUAUGAUGUAAGAGACAACACAAUAGGAGCUGGAUUCGUGCUACUGGGAGAACAUUAUGAAGUUCAUAGAUGGCAUCCUCCUUUGAUUUAUGGAAGAAGAGGUGAUGCAGAUGUAGGGGAAGGCAUUUCAUUGGCUAGAGUAAUAUGGAAUAGAUAAUUAUUGUUUAGGGAAUUUGCAAAAAACAUAAUGGUAAGAGAGUGUACUUGUUGAUAACAUACGAAUUGCCAAUAGUUAGUGCUAGGGCUGUUCCAUAAUAAAUUAAUUUUUAUAAUCAAUUUAUUGGUGAACUAGAAAAAUUUGAUAUAAAGUAAUAGUGAGAUAUGAAUAAUAUAAUAAGAUUAACA